AAUAGUAAUGACUAAUAUUCUGCUAUGGGGGUGCAGCGGAGGUAGCGGUCCUCCAAUCCUCUCACCUAUACCUCGCCCUCUUCAUCCUCCCAUCCUCCCUCUCUUCCUCACACGCAUGCAUAGACACAGGCUACAUGACCCCCUCCCCCUUCCAUCAUUUUCCCAUCUCUCUUACUCACUCUCAUCUCUACAACAAACAUGGCCGCUAAAUCUGACGGUGCACCCGUUUCAUUGCGAAACGAAAGCCCACCCGAGUGCCCCUCCAGCCUGGACCAACGCUCGCCGCAGUGCCGUCCCGCCGAGAAGCGCUACUCCCUCCUGGACUGCUGCUGGACGCUGUGCGCCCUUUUGGUCUUUUUCUCGGACGGGGCCUCAGACCUGUGGCUGGCCGCGGAUUACUACUUAAGGGAAAACUAUUGGUGGUUUGCGUUGACUCUAGUCUUUGUGAUAGUCCCCUCGGUGGUCGUGCAGGUGUUGAGCUUCAGAUGGUUCGCCUACGAUUAUGCGGAGACCACCGAGAGCGGCACGGCUGCCGCGGUGGUCGCAGCGACGGGCACGGAGAACAAUUUCAGCACCAAGGACAGCGAUCAGCGGGGCGCUGGCCGCGCUGCUGCGGUCGGGGGGCUGCCUGCUGCGGGCACAGGGGGAGGUGCCCACGGUUGCUGCAGAGUCUUUAUGUGGAUCUUUCAAGCCAUCAUUCACAUAUUUCAGCUUGCACAGGUCUGGAGGUACGUUCACGCCUUGUAUCUGGGUGUGCAGAGCCGUUGGCGCGGCGACCACGAGCGGCACCACUUCUACUGGAGCAUGAUGUUCCAGAGCGCUGAUAUCAGCAUGCUGCGUCUGCUGGAAUCCUUCCUCAAAAGUGCCCCUCAGCUUGUUCUGCAGCUCAGCAUUAUGGUCCAGGCCCGCCAGGUCCUGCCCCUCCAGGGGCUCUCCGCCUCCGCCUCUCUGAUAUCUCUGUCAUGGAUGAUUGCCUCCUAUCAGAAGGUCCUGAGGGACUCCCGAGACGACAAGCUCCCCAUGACCUACAAGGCAGUCAUCAUCCAAAUCCUCUGGCACCUGUUCACCAUCGGCGCGCGGACCAUGGCCUUCGCGCUGUUCGCCUCCGUGUUCCAGCUCUACUUUGGCAUCUUCAUCGUGGCCCACUGGUGCAUCAUGACCUUCUGGAUCAUCCAGGGUGAGACAGACUUCUGCAUGUCCAAGUGGGAGGAGAUCAUCUACAACAUGAUGGUGGGCAUCGUGUACAUCUUCUGCUGGUUCAGCGUGAGGGAGGGGCGCACGCGCUGCCGCAUGCUCAUCUACAGCCUGACGGUGUUUGUGGAGAACGUGGCCCUCACCACCCUGUGGUACCUGUACCGCGGCCAGCACACCUCCGACUUCUCCGCCGUGGCGCUGGUGUGCGUGGUGGCCAGCAGCUACGCCCUGGGCACCUUCUUCAUGUGCGUGUACUACGGCCUGCUGCACCCCGAUGGCCCCGUCUCCGGCUGGGGCCACGGCGUGGAGAAGGAGCGCCUGGAUGACGAGCCCCUGGCGUCCCCGGCCUCCACCCUGCCCCCCGACGUGGUGGCCAGCCCCCCCAGGACCCUGCCAAGGACUAAGGACCGCGAGCAGGGGGCCGGGGGGUCGGCCGACGUCUUUCAGGUGCGGGCGACCCGGGGGGCUCAGGCCUCGCUGCCCCGCCUCACCCCCAGGACUGAGGGCCCGGUGAUCCGGAUAGACCUCCCCAGGAAAAAGUACCCGGCCUGGGACGCCCACUUCAUCGACCGCAGGCUGCGCAAGACCAUCCUGGCGCUGGAGAGCGCCGCUCCGGUGACACCCAGGAUCCAGUACCGCUGUCUGGGCACGGCCAAAGAGGUGAUGGAGUAUGAGACCACCGUGUGACCCGCCGGGGACGCGGCGACGCAGGGGUUUCUGUGUGACGAGGUACCAGGGAGAGACUAUGCCUGCGGCUGCCGGCCGAGGCUCUGAGAGGUAGACUGAGCAGACGUCGAGGUCCGUACCGAGGCUACUGCUGUCUGUGCCGCCCGGCACUGGAGGCAGAGGUAGACAGAGAGGGGGGAGGUUGUUCAUCCGCAUAAAGUUACAGCCCUGUGAUGCCAUCCAAUAAAGGGUGAUUUAUAUUCCUGUCUGGCUCUCAGGUCAUGCUAUGUUACAAAACAACAUGGUGGUCGACCCGAAGGAGAGUUGGCAGCCGGUGGUGUUGAGGUAAGCAGUGUGCCGCAGAGCUAAUGUGUAAUGAAAUGACGGAUAAGAGAUGCAUAAAAAAAAAAGGUGCUAGAAUAUGUCCUUUGAAGGGAGGCACUUUUAGAGAGAAGUAUUCAACAUGUAUGAGUAUAUAGGCCAGAUAACAGAGAAAUACCGGUUGGUGUUGUGGUUGUGGUCAAACCGAGAAAUCACAUGCUCUACAUCCCUGCAUCACUCCCAUAGUUGGUAUAUACGAUAGUGGAACAGGUCACUCAUGUUGAAUACAUCUCGCUAAUAUCCACUUCAAUUCAUAGGUCAGUGGUAAGGCAAAUUAUCUAAAUUGAAUGUAAAAGUUUGAAAUGUGAUCGUGACAAUACAGAGAAUUGUCAUGUCGGUUUGACAGCAGAUAUUGCAAUGGUUUCUAUUUAUUUUCCUUCUUUAGGCUAGAAAGAACCGAGAUGUGUAUGUUUACGGGCCAACCUGGUUGUUGUUUCUGUUGCGCCAUGCCAACCAAGCCAUUUGAUUAGUACACUGUGUUAUUUGCAUCUCCGUGGUUACCAUUGCAUACUGCUUCCCUUUUUUCACAGCAAAAGCAAAAGAAUGGGCAACCGUUUCCAUGUGAACACAUGUGUGUAUGUGUGGGAUCCAACUGUAUGUUAAAGGGGGUAGAGACAUGGGCAGUUCUAUCUUUAACUGUGCGUCCACAUGUUUUUUUUCUAAAGAAAAAGUUUAAAAAAGAAUAUUGGCUGCACACACCCCAGAAAAAGCAUUUAUAUUAUUGAUGAUAAAGGCAUGUGCUACUUGUUGAAUCAGGGUGUUGGAUUGAUGUUCUGUAGAGUAGUCAGAGAGGGAGUUGUUUGUUCAUGUCGCUGUGCCUGUAUUAAAUAUGCCGUGAGCUGAAACGCUCAGUUGGUGCAUAUAUAAUACGGAUGCACGGAACAGGACUUAGUGAGUGUUUUGUCAUGUGCAUUUCUAUGAACCUGUGUCAUUUAAACGUGACAGAUUUAAAUGACUAGCCUACUGUUCGGACAUUGUGUUCCCCAAGGUACCACUGAAAAAGGAAUGGCUCCACCUCAAAGCACCCCAUCAGUGUCACACUAACAAAGCCAUGGGUUAUGAACAAUGGUGCUAAGCGUCCGAUCCCUCGCUGUAACAAUGAGACUACGUACAGUGUUCUGGACAAGAGUUUGGCUGUACCUCAGACACCUACUAUUCACGUUUCUAAAAUCAAAGCCUUAAACUGGUUGUUGUCUCGCUCACAGCAGCCGCAAAAAAUGAACUAAACGGUGGAAGGACACUUUCAUGAUGAUGAUGUUGUUGUUGUUGCAAAAAUAAAUAAAUAAAAAAGAGCUGUGUGUCUAAA